CCGCCGCCGGUUGUCGGCCAGAAGCGAAAUCGCCCAUUUUCGAGCAGCCAACAGCAUGUGGAUGCAGCAGUCGAUGGAAGGUGGCCGGAACCACCAGCAAGGCGGCGGUGGCUACGGCGGCAGCAGCUCGAGCAGCUUUGGCCGCCCCAAGCAGGACGACGCCGACUGGAAGAGCCGCAUCGUCGGAAGCGGCCAAUGGCUCGGCGAAAAGGUCAUGUCGCUCGCGACGGGCAGCUCGACGAACGACAACAACUCGGGCAUGCGCUCGUACAACGACGGCCGCGCCAACUGGAUGGCCGAGAUCCGCAGCAACACGGGCUCCAACCAAGGCUACAACGGCGGCGGCUAUAACGGCGGCGGCGGCUACAACGCCGGCGGCUAUCAGAACGACUUUGCCACAGAGCGUCCUGGCUCGUACGCCGACAGCCGACCGUACAGCAGCAACCACAACAGCAGCAACAGCACAGCACCGUACUCGGACUCGAACUAUCGGUCCCAGAUGCAGUCGUACUCGUACGACAACAAGUCGUCGUCGUCCAAGAAGAAGUCGAGCAACAACAAGAAGCACCGCAAGAAGGCCAAGGAAUCGAGCUCGAGCGAUGACAGCUCGGACGACAGUUCUGCGUCCUCCGAUGCGUCGUCCGCCUCAUCCAGCGACGCCAAAGUCAAGUCCAAGAAGCCGGCCUUGAAGAAGAAGCCUUCAAAGCGCGUGGAAGUCGUCGUGUCCGAUGGCGAAUCCACAGAGUCGGCGCCGGAGACCAAGUCGUCCAAGAAGACCAAGGCCAAGCGCGCCAGUGUCAAGUCGAAGGCGUCGAGCAGCAACAACUAUGCGUACUCGCUCGACACGUCCAAGGUCGCCGCCGCCGCGUCGGAGGAGCCCAUCAAAGGCAAAAAAGCGGGCAAGAAGAACAAGAAGACAGACGCCGCGCCGGUGGUGGACCUCCUCGGCGUCGAGUCGCUCUCGAUCUCGAGCGCGCCCUCAUCGACGGCAUUCGCACCGGCCGCCCCCGCCUCGACGAUUGACCAACUUGCUGGCCUUUCGUUCGACAUGCCCGCACAGCCCAUUGAGCCGUCGUUCCUCGGCCACCAACAACCUCUUACUGGCCACCAACAAGCUCUUAUGGGUCACCAGCCUCUGAUGGGACAACACCAGCAACCAUAUGCGGGGCAGCAGCCCUCGCAGCCUCUCGUUGGCCACUACGCACAGCCCCAACAACAACAACAGCAGCAGCCGCCCGUCAAGACGUCGGGCUUUGUCGUCCCGGGCUCGGACCUUGUCGACUUGCGCACCGAGUCGGAGGUCUCCAAGGCCAAGGUCGCGUCGGACCCGCGCUCGCUCAACGAACUGCAAAAGAUGAACCACAACCCGCCGCCGCAGCCCGUGAUGCCGCCGCCGCAGCCGACGACCUCGAUGCAUCCGGGCAUGCUCCAGCCGCACAUGAUGCAGCUGCAGCCGCCGACCGGCAUGUACAUGCAGCCGUCCAUGUACGGAGGCUACCCGCCGCAGCAACACGACCAGCAGCGCCACAUGAUGCUUUUGAUGCAGCAGCAGCAGCAGCAACAACAACAACAUCCGACGCACAUGACGCCGUCGCAACCCGGUUUUUUCUAAGAAGGAUUACCACAACUAUGUGUACACGUUUGUGCAAGUAUCUUAUAUUAGUUUAGUCACUA